GAGAGGUGACCGCACCGAGCGUACAGAGGAGAGCGGUUACAAUGCGCGGGAUGACGCGCGGAUAGAGGAGAGGAUCCGCAGGUUUGGAGGGCGGUGGGGGGGCACAGAGAGGGGAGAGACGCGACAGCGAACGACGCUCACACACGCAGCCCGAAACGACGUGCGAUGGAGGACCUGGGCGAGAUGGACUGCCCGGUGCUGAAGCGGCUCCUGAAGGACGACAGCGCCAAGUGCCUGCUGCUGGACUGCCGCUCCUUCCUCGCCUUCAGCGCGGGGCACAUCCGCGGCGCCGUCAACGCCCGCUGUAACACCAUCGUCCGCCGCAGGGCCAAGGGCUCCGCGCUGAGUCUGGACCAGAUCCUGGCCGGAGACGAGGAGGUCCGGGGCCGCCUGCGCUCCGGGAUGUACUCCGCCGCGGUGCUGUACGAUGAGAGGACGCCGGACUCGGAGACGGUGAAGGAGGACAGCACUCUGACUCUGGUGCUCAACGCGCUGUGCAGGGACUCCUCCGGAACACACAUAUACCUGCUGAAAGGUGGCUAUGACAGGUUUUUCUCAGAGUACCCAGAGUAUUGUUUGAAGACCAAGUCCUUACCGCCGCUCACCAGCCAGUCCAGCAUCGACUCUGCAUGCUCGUCCUGUGGGACGCCACACCACGACCAGGGCGGCCCGGUUGAGAUCCUCCCGUUCCUUUACCUUGGCAGCGCCCUCCACGCCUCCAAGAAAGAGGUUUUGGACAGCAUAGGAAUCUCCGCCCUGCUGAACGUGUCCGCAGACUGUCCCAACCACUUCGAAGGGGCGUAUCAGUACAAGUGUAUCCCUGUGGAGGACAACCAUAAAGAAGACAUCAGCUGCUGGUUCCUGGAGGCCAUUGAGUUCAUAGAUUCAGUUCGGGACUCCAGUGGGCGAGUGCUGGUCCAUUGUCAAGCAGGCAUCUCCCGCUCCGCCACCAUCUGCCUGGCCUACCUCAUGAAGAGGAAGCGGGUGCGCCUGGACGAAGCCUUCGAGUUUGUUCGCCGGCGCCGCAGCAUCAUCUCCCCCAACUUCAGCUUCAUGGGCCAGCUGCUGCAGUUCGAGUCGCAGCUCCUCGCCACCUCGUGCGCCGCCGAGGCGGCCGCCACAGCGAGCCCGCUGCUCGGACCCAAGUCCUCGACGACCACCACCUCGACGUCAGCCACGCCCACCUCUCCGUUCAUUUUCAACUUCCCCGUUUCUGUGGUGAACUCCGCCUACCUGCACCACAGCCCGAUCACGACUUCCCCUGGCUGCUGAUGGAUAGUCACAGCUUCCCCCCCGACAAACUAACUGAGCACAGACUGGGCUGCCAUUGGCUGGAGGGGCUGUCGGCCUUAAUGACCGCUGCACAUGCUUCCAAGGCGGGGAGGGGAGAAGCGUCACGGUGCCUGAUUCAAAACUCAGACUGAAAAAAAAAAAACUAAACUUUUUACAGUUAAGAAACCAGCCAACGCUCCUUCAAUUUUAACGAGAGAUUUCUUCAAAUCGACCAAAAAUGAACUGGCUUUGGUCUCGGGCUCGAGCUCGGACGGAGUGUUGGACUGACAGGAAACACCCUCCUCCUUCAUCAACAACAGCAACAUGCACAGAGGCACACUGACACAGAGAGGCAUGAGCAGCAGCGAACACACACACACACACACACACACGCUCUCUCCGCCUCGCACACACACAUUCAUGACCACCGACUGAAUAAGCUCAGUAUGAAGACAGGGUCUGUUGCUAUGGAGACAACAGGUCUUUAGGAGAGGAGAUGGACACAGGAAGGAAGGAGGAAUUUUAAGCACCCGCUCUUUCCCCUUCGGGUGUCCCUCCUGUUGCCGGACAAAAGAGAUGGAUGGAAAUAAGAGGGGAGGAGACGGUGAUAGAAAGCAGGAGGCUCUUCAGUGACAGGUGCUCUGCCGGGGAUCCGACCGGAGCUUCCUGUCUUUCAUACGUCCUCUUCCUCCCUCUGUCUCUCCCCCACACCUUCCUCUCCUCUCAUCUCCUUUUCAUCCUUUUAUAUUCUCUCCCUCCCUCCUCCUCCUCCGCCUCCCCUUCUCAUGUCUGCCUCUCAUCUUCACCCCAUCCACCCCCUCUCCUCUGCUCCUCAUCUCCUCACUGAAGAGAGGCUAAAUAAAUAAAAUAAGAUGCCAAAUAAAGGCCAGGGCCCUCGUAAAUGGACUGGGAAACCCCACUGCGGGCCCCUGAUACGCUCUGUAGGAAGCCCCUAGCGCUACCCUUCACAAAAUAGUUGUUUUGGAUCAGAGGGUAAACUUUUCUAGCACAGUGGCUCUGGAAGACAGCCACUUAAAGGACCAUGGUGGUGGUUUUGCAUGUUUUAAUUCAUUAUGAAUAAUCCAAUCUUUGUUGUUAACCAUUUUUUCAAAACACACAGAACUUGUGGUUUCAGUUCUGUUCUUCAAGUUUAUUUUCAUAGUGCGCUCAAAUGAACUGAGAACACUGGCUCCUACGGGAUUGGAAAAUUGAAUUUUUUUUUUUUUUUUUUUAGCUAACGGGCUAAAAUGUGCAUCACCAGCUCAUGGUCCUUUAAGAUGUUUGUGCCUUGCUCACCCGUAAAGGUGUCCCAUGGAUUCGGGCGUUGCCUGUGGAAUGAUUUGUUUUUUAUAAAGCUGCCAGAAAGCAGAUUGCUGAAUGUUAGUCAGAGUUGGAGAAAAAAAAAAAAGUCAGCAUCUCAGCGUAGACUCUUAUUCCACAACGUCAAAAGAGCAAAAGCUUCUCUCUUCAUCUCUGCUCAUGCACACUCACUGUUGGACACAAACGUAUAAUAUGCUGUAUUUGAGUCGGUGGAAGUUCCACCUUUGAAAUGGCAAAUUUUCAUGCUGACUAAACAGUGAACAUGGACAUUUAAACAGUAAACUAAAAUACUCAGAAGUUGACAUUUUUAGGUGCAGUAUUUUCUCGCAUGUAUCCGCCGAUGAUCCGCCUGCCGUGGCUGGAUUUUCAGACGGGACAUCCGAACAUGGGUGUUUUACUGUCUGCCUACCAAACAUCAGGGACCCUCAGUGCUGUUCCCUGUGAGGGGAAUCCAGGUUGAAAUAAAACACAAUCAUCUAUUGCUUCAUUUUUUAAAAAUCCACUGACAAAAGAAGUGAUGGAGACAAAGAGAAGAAAGCUUUUGUGCUUUGAGGCCAUAAUCCAAUAACAGGAAGUUGUCCUUACAAUUCUGUUCAUUCAGCGUAUGUCUGAGUCCUUGUGCACACACAACGCAACCACAACUCUUCCCCGUUUCUAAAGGUUGUCCACAGUCCUCUCCGUAGCACUUUGAAGUCACGCAAUACUGUGCUCAUGUCAAAGCCUCAUAAAACCACAGUUUGAGACAAUGUUUGUACUGCUUCUGCUUUUGACCAGGCUAAAGCUCUACACUCUGUGCUAGACGUCCAAAGGCACAAAGUCCAACCAUGGUUUGCUUUUACAUCCGGGUCCUGAAGUACACACACACACAACACACUCCUACACGGUUUCAAAGAAAACAACCCGCUCUCUGUUUUUGAAGAUUGUCGGCACCUAUCUCUGUAGCACUUUGAAGUGAUGCAAUACUGUAUUUAUAAUUUCUGAUUGAUUUGUACAUCACGGUGAUGGUAGAGUGACUAGACUUUACAUGAAAACCCUUUGUCCACGUAGAGCGAGACAGAGAGAGAGAGAGAAGAGAGCCAAUCAUUGACAAAAACGCAAUACUUUGUACAUGUCUGUGUGGUACCUGUCUGUCUGUCUGUCUGUAUUAGUCCAUCCAUCUAGACUGUCUGUCUGUCUGGUCAAUGCUGUUUAACGCAUCAUGGCAAUAUCAACCCUCCACUUGGACAUUUAUAUAUAUAAAAAAAAUCCUUCCCCUCAAUUUUAUUGUGGAAUGAAUGAUUUGUGCAUUUAUUUAUUAAUGAGGAGCCACUGUUGAAUAAACA